AUGAGGAUAUACUUCAAGGCGAUGCACAACUACAAUCAACUUUCAAGUAAUUUCGAUUGCAUGAAACCAAUUUCAAUUGAUAUAAUUCGAUGUACGACAAGUGUCAGCCAACAACCAAGUGUACAUUCUACUACUGAACAAGGACCGCUUUGUUUCGGAUAUGAGAAACCAGUCGCAGAUUUUGUUGGACGACGAACUGAACUAGACCUGCUGAAAAGAGAAACAGUUGAAUGUGAACGCGGCAAAUCAGCCAUAGUUGUCGUUUCGGGAUUGGGUGGCAUCGGAAAGACUCAACUUGUGAAAAAAUUUAUUGAGCUAAACCAAAAGUUCUACCACAACGUAAUUUGCAUCAACUCACAAGAUCGCGGUUCAAUUGAGACUGAAUUAAAAAAAUUGGCAGUAAAUUUCCUCAACAUAUCGGCGGUGAACAUCAAUCGAAAAGAAAAGGAUUUCAAUUCGUUAACUCACGAAGUGUUCAGUAAGCUGGCCAAGUCGUCAACUUUGAUUGUUUUCGAUAAUGUUGACCGCAGUGAAAACACCACAGAGGUUUUACGGAUGGGAACAUUAGGCGUUGCACCGCACAUUGUGAUAACGUCACGUAUUCAAGAUUGGGGUGAUUCAAUAAAGCUCAUUAAAUUGGACUUAUUUAGCAUGGAAGAUGCUCUCGAAUAUGUUUCCUACAAAUUGAAUAACUCAGAACAAAAUGAUUCACUGGAAGAUAAGAAAAAGUUGGUGGUAAUGUUGCAAAACUUCCCCAUAGCUUUGCGACAGGCCACCUCCCAUAUAAAAUACCAUAGAAAACAAGAAAAUUUCGAGAUCAUCGACUACAUAAACGAGUAUAACUCUCGUCGAGAGCAAAUUUUGAACUCCACAUUCUUCCAAAAAGAUGUCUUGAAUGAAUACACAGAAACAACGUUGACAACUUGGGAAGUCACAAUGAACGCAAUUGAAAAAUGUGGAACAGAUGGAAAUAUCGCAAUAAAGAUUCUACGCAUAAUCGCCUACUUCGACCCGGUUCGUAUUCUCAGAGAAAUCUUCUUCAACCUCAAACAUUCGACAAACGGACAGAACAUAAGUCAGAGUGACGUGAAAUCAGCUGUAGGACUCCUUAUCAACUACUCGAUGAUCGACAGUUAUGAAAGACAGAGUGUCUUGAGCAUCCACAGAUUAGUGCAGCAUGUAAUUCAGAUCCAAUUGGAGAAAGUUACAUGUGUGGAAGAAGCAACUCUGCGAGAAGCUCUGCAACUAAUUGCAGAUAUGAAUGCAAGCGAAAAACCUCACAAAUGUUGUAACGAGCACGGCGCAUCCGUUUUUGUUUGGGCAUUGAAGUUCGACCUGCUCAUCAGAGAAUUCAGCGCAUUUCCCGUUGCGAUUUUUGAAAGUUUGAACGAUGUUGGGAACUACCUUCGAGCUGAAACCUUUGGAAUUGAAACGUUACCAUCGUUGACGAAAAUAUUGGGAGAUGAACACUUGCACACGAUAAGUGCUAAAUCCAUGUGUGCCAAAUCCUACAGCAAUCUGGGUAAAUAUUCUGAAGCACUUGAAAUGUUUGCGGAAGCUUUGGAUAAAGGAAAAAUCAUUCUGGGUGAGAGCCAUCCGAACACACUUUUUAUUAAGUCUAGCCUAGGUAUUGUGUACAGAAAUUUGGGAAAAUACUCUGAGGCAAUUGAGUUGUUUGAAGAGGUCAUGGAAAAACAGAAACUAGUUGCAGAAGUAGAUCAUCCAGAUAUACUAACACUCAAGUACGAAAUAGCGGAAUCGUUCAGCCAAUCAGGUAAACAUUCAGAGGCAUUAAAAAUGUUCGAAGAAGUUUUGGAGAAACGCGAGACCAGUUUAGGUGUUGAUCAUCCAGAUACUCUCAAUACGAAGUACAAUUUGGCUAAUUUGUACAGAAAUUUAGGUGACUAUUCUGGAGCACUCGAAGUGUUUGAAGAAGUUUAUGAAAAGCAAAAAGUCGUUUUGGUCGAACAUCAUCCAAACACACUUUCCACUAGGUACGAAAUAGCAAAUUUGAAAAUCAAUUUAGGUUCAUACUCUGAUGCACUCGUAAUAUUUGAAGAUGUGCUAGAAAAAGAGAAAUCCAUUUUAGGAGCAGACCAUCCGAACACACUUAACAGUAGAUCGAAAAUAGCCAGUUGUUACAGUAGUCUCGGUAAAUAUGCUGAAGCAUUGGAAAUGUUUGAAGAUGUCUUAGAUACACAAAAGAUCGUUUUGGGUGAGAGUCAUCGUAACACGCUCUUCACUCAGUCGGAAAUAGCUAAAUUGUGUAGUAAUCUGGGGAAAUACUCUGACGCACUCAGAGCUUUCGAAGAGAUUUUCGAAAAACAAAAGGUCGUGUUAGGGGACGAUCAUCCGAACACACUUUUUACUAAGUCGGAGAUAGCUAACUCGUACAAUAAUCUUGGCAAAUAUGCGGAAGGACUUGAAAUACUUGGUGAAGUUUUAGACAAAAGUAAAAUUGUCUUAGGAGUAGAUCAUCCAGAUACGGUCAUUACUAAGUACAACAUAGCUGAUUUGUAUAAUAAAUGCGGCAAAUAUUCCGAGUCACUCAAAAUGUUUGAAGAAGUUUUGGAUAAACUGAGGCUCAGUUUCAGCGAGGAUCAUGAUCACAUAUUUUUUACCAAAUGCAACAUAGCUAAUUUGUACAAUCAAUCUGGCAAAUAUUCUGAGGCAUUGAAGAUGCUCGAAGAAGUCUUUCAACAAUGCAAAUCAAAUUUAGGUGAUGAUCAUCCAGAUACACUCACUAUUAAGAACAAUAUAGGGAAUUCAUACCGACAAUUGGGGAAAUAUGCUGAGGCACUCGCCAUAUUUGUUGAAGUUUUCGAGAUACGUGACAACAUCCUAGGAUCUGAUCACCCAGAUACACUUUCCAGUAAGACGAAAAUAGCUGGUUCAUACAGUGAUCUGGGUAAAUAUUCUGAAGCCCUGAAAAUGUUUGAGGAAAUUUUAGAAAAACACAUAGCCAUUUUGGGUGAAGAUCAUCCAAGCACAUUUUCCACCAAGUCUAACAUAGCCAUUUCAUAUAUCGAGUUAGGCAGACAUUCUGAUGCAAUCGAAAUAUUGCAAGAAAUUUUAAGGAAACGUGAACACACUUUAGGUGUUGAUCAUCCAGACACACUAACUACUAAGUACGAAAUAGCUAUAUCGUACAAUAAACUGGGCAAGUAUUCCGAGGCACUCGAAAUGCUGGAGGAAAUUUUGACGAAAAGUACCGACUUGGGCAAGUAUCAUUUGGAUACUCUUACUGUCGAGUGCGAAAAAGCCAAAACGUACAAUCAUUUAAAGAAUUAUUCUGAGGCAUUGGCAAUACUUCAAGAAAUUUUACUAAAAGAAGUAGACAUUUUGGGUGAGGAACACCCGAACACACUCAUUACCAAGUCUGACAUUUGCGAUUCUCUCAGCAGUUUAGGCAAGCAUACUGAGGCACUGAAAUUAUUUGAAGAAAUUUUUGAGAAACGCAAAGUCAUUUUAGGAGCAGAUCAUCCCAAAACACUCACUACAAAGUAUAAAAUAGCGAGCUUAUACAGCCGUCUGGGCAAAUAUUAUGAAGCCAUUCAAAUGUUAGAAGAAGUUUUCGAAAAACAAAAAUUCGUGCUGGGCGAAGAUCAUCCAGACACACUUUGUACGAAGACCACACUUGAAUCGUUACUUAAACUGGAGCCUGGAUUCUGGGCAAAUGUAUUUUAG